CGGUUUACUCUUUACCCACGUGUUUUCUACAUUUGAGUAAAUUCUCUACAAUUACUCUUUACUAUACUUGUAAACGACCUCUUGACGUCCACAGUUCACAAGCUUUCCGUUGAAGUGCGGCCAGGCUAUUCGAAAAUUCACCAGAUAAUCAGUUUUCGACAAUGACUUUCAGGCUGAUGAAACAAUGAAAGAAUAGAGUACACGUUGCCAUAGUUGACAUGCCUUCGAUGAAAAAGUUGGAAAAGAUUGGACCAUGUACUGUUGAACCUCCUUUAGACAUUGCAAUCGAGGGUGGAGGUAAAAGUAAGGAAAAUAAUGAUUUGGCAGAAAAAAGGAGAGACCUGAAGAGGAAGAAACCAAAGGGAAAAGACGUGGAUUUUCUUACUAAAGAGUGGACUAAGGAGCAAGAGCUGGCAUUACAAAGAGCUUAUUAUUCUGCAAAAGCAACUCCUCAUUUCUGGAAGAAAGUCUCAAAGAUGGUGCCUGGGAAGUCCGCGCAAGAGUGCUUUGACAGGAUACAUUCAGAUCACAUGACCCCACCCCAACCCCGCCAACGUUCAAGGGUUAAGCAGGCAAUACCGUUUUUAUCUCCUCUCUGCUCAAGCAAAUUGCUUGAUCCGAUGAAUCCAAAACCAAAGAAACGCAUUUCAAAAAAAGCAGUGAGAGAGAUGCUGCAUAAGCAAUGCAAGGUAGAGAGGGAUACUAUGGAAAAGGACCUCUUCACUUUACUUGAGGAGGGGUCAACCACAGCAAAAACUCCUGAUGUUUUUCCAAGUGGCGACAGUUUUUACAUACUUACCCCUGAGUUGAAGUCAGAUCGCCCAAGUAACUUUUCGCAACUAAGUGACCUGGAGGCAAUCACUCUCUUUAGUCCUCCAGUUCUAAAGCCGAUUAAGAACAAAGCAUUGCAUGACAGAUACAUUGAUCAGUUGCUUUUCAGGGAGGCUAAGAGGAAGGCUGCAUUUUUAAGAAAGUCAAAGUGUUCACAAGGAAAUGGUGAAGAACACCAAAAGGUGGAAGCGACAACAAUUCAAGCCGCAAAGAAUGCUCUUUUCUUUAAUGCAAGAGAUGCUAUCAAGCAAUUUCAGAGUUUUCAAACAAAUCAGGUCCAAAAUGUCUUUAGUGAUGGGGAAGAUGGCGAUGAAGAUGGUUUUGGUUACAAUGAUGAUGACGAGUGAGUCUCGGGUGUAUACUGUUUUUAAUUUUAAACGAUUUUGUCUUGAUUCUCUGGUGUUACUAUAAAUUAAAUUGAAAUAUUUCCAUCUAUUGUACGGUUGUACCAUACGAAAUUUGUCUUAAACAAAUUAACAUAAGGUAGAUUCUAUGGUACCCACAAGGUAUCAUACCUUUGUCCACAUGGACCAA